AUUUCUUGUCUAGAUUCAACGAACAUGUUAUGCUGUAUCAGCGGACUUCUUACUCUGAGAUAACUAGUAGUUUGUGGCUUUCCCUUCGUCUUCAGUUGUUAGGAGCAUUGAUCAUCUCAUUUGUUGCCAUGAUGGCCGUUAUUGGUUCUCAGGGCAAUCUACCAAUUAGUUUUGGUACCCCAGGGCUGGUAGGUUUGGCCCUCUCAUAUGCAGCUCCAAUAGUUUCGUUGUUAGGAAGCUUUUUGACAAGUUUUACUGAAACAGAAAAAGAAAUGGUUUCCAUUGAAAGAGCUCUUCAGUAUAUGGAUGUGCCUCAAGAAAAUAUAUAUGGAUGCCAGUCUCUGGAUCCAAAUUGGCCUGUUCAAGGACAAGUUGAAUUUCAGAAUGUUACUAUGAGAUAUAUGCCGUCUUUACCCCCUGCACUGCGUAAUAUCGCCUUUACCAUUGAGGGAGGGACACAGGUUGGAAUUAUCGGGAGAACUGGUGCGGGAAAAUCUAGCAUAUUGAAUGCCCUUUUCCGCCUUAACCCAAUAUGUAAUGGAAAAAUUUUGGUGGAUGGCCUUAACAUAACUGAUGUUCCUGUUAGAGAUCUCCGUGCGCGGUUAGCUGUUGUUCCUCAAAGCCCUUUCUUAUUUGAAGGAUCACUAAGGGAUAAUCUAGAUCCACUUCGAAUGAGUGAUGACACAAAAAUAUGGAAUAUUUUGGACAAAUGCCAUGUCAAGGAAGAAGUAGAAGGAGCAGGAGGGCUGGAUAUUCACGUCAAGGAAUCUGGAGCUUCAUUUUCUGUUGGCCAAAGGCAACUUUUGUGCCUUGCCCGUGCUCUUAUCAAGUCUUCUAAGGUUCUCUGUCUUGACGAAUGUACAGCUAAUGUUGACACUCAAACAUCUUCAAUACUACAAAAUACAAUAUCUCGUCAAUGCAAAGGAAUGACAGUGAUCACAAUUGCACAUCGUAUUUCCACAGUCUUGAACAUGGACAAUAUUCUCAUUCUUGGGCAUGGAAUCUUGGGAUAUGUAGUCAUGGUGGAACUUAACCAAGAAAAGAGGAAAAAAAGAAAAAAAAAAAGGUUGCAAAAUACAGAUCAUGGAAACACGAGCCAUUCAUAUGAAAGAUAGAACUGCCAUCCUUCGCUAGCAGCCACCUGCCAUCAAUUUUGGACAUUAUUACGAUAUCAUUACCAAGCAUCACCGUUGAACCAUCUAAGAACAUUGUGAAGUGGUGUUGUCUUCAGAAAAUUAAAUAUAAAAACUUUUUAUUAUUGUAAAAUUCAGGGGUGACAUUUUGUAAUGGCUUUAUAUUUAUUAUUGACUUGGGUAAACAAGUGUAGAUUCUCAAUAGGAUUUAAAUUUAGAGAUUUUAUUUUGGAACGACUUUCAAUGAGGGAUACUCUGUGAGUGACGAUAAUUUUUUGUCUCAUGAAUCAAGAGAUGUACAAAGUUGUUUCAUGAACUGAUAAUGUUCUAAGUCCAAGUGGUAAUAAUUAAUUUUCGAAUAUUAUUCAGUGACUAUUGGAAUGUAGUAGAAAUUCUCAGGUAAGUAGGCCAAAAGUUACUAAGUAACAUUAUUUACUUGCUUAUAUAUUGCUUGAAUCUCUCACUAAUUGGUGUAACAAAGCCAUAGAGAGCCCAUAACCCUCAGAUCUUUGGGUUACAACUAGUUCCUAAUACCAUGGAGAAUAAUUUUAUAAGAGUCCCUUACCUUGAGUUCACUAUGAUUAACUUAUUCAUAUGUUUAUCGAGAGGAGAAGAGUGCAAUAAUUCAUCCGGUUGUUGGAGUUAUAAGGUCUUAGUCAUGGAUAACAAGACUACUAAAGUACCCAAGAACGAAGCUGUUGGAGUUAUAUGAUUUGAGUCAUGGAGUAGAUUUAGAUUGAUGUUUAUUGGAUUUAUAUGGUUUCAGCCAUGGAUAACAAGGCUACCAAAGAGCCCGAGCUUUGAGUAGUUUACGACAUUUGAAAAUAGUCUUUUACCUGGAGAAGAGUAGGAUAAAGUUGCUGUGAACAUAGGGGAGAUGGAGUGAUAGUGAUGAUGUACUCAGAACUUCAUAUCUCAAUUAAUAUCAUCUAUAAUCAUAAAUAAUUACAUUAAAUUUUAUUCUUAGCUAACUUUUUUCAAUCUUUAUUCCACCCCCAAAA